AUGUCCAUCAUCCAGCAGCACACAAGCGCGACGCUGAGCGAUGCCUGGCGCACCAUCAACAUCGAUGCCCUGACCGAGGACUCGAGCGUAAACUUCGACACGACCACCCUCCGCCCCCCACAGCCAGACGUCUCAGAGGCCGAGGUCCGCCAGCUCGCCGGCCAGGUCCGCCAGCUGCUGCGGGGCGGCGACGCAGAGGGCGCUUUGCGGGGGUGCCUCGAGACGCCCGUCUACAACGGCGCCGACGCUGCAAAGGACGCGCAUCUGCAGACCAUCAUCGAGGUCCUCCAGUCAAUCAAGGCCAGCGACAUGAGCCCCCUGCUCAAGGGCAUCUACGAAUCCCCCGGCGGCACCGAGUGCCUCGACGUUCUGAUGAAAUACAUCUACAAGGGAAUGGCCAUAGGUAAUCCCGCCGGGGGCCUGAGGUCGCCCUCCAAGGUCACCCCCCAACCGACCGGCGGCUUCAGCCAAAUCGGAUCCCGGCCAGGAGCAUCCAACGAGCCCGCCUCGGGAUCCCUGAGUGUCCUGCUGAGCUGGCACGAGAAGCUCGUCGAUGUCGCCGGACUAGGUUGCAUUGGCCGGACAAUGACAGACUGGCGCAGGGUGUAA